AUGGAGGCUGCAGAUGAUGCGGAACCCGUUCUAUACCCCGCGUUCUGCUUCAAGGCGUCGCCAACCCACUUCGCCUGGGUGAAGAUGGCCGCUUCGGAUGUGCAUCGACUGAAGAGACCAGAAGGCUUUGGAGGUCAGAAAGUCUUUUUCUAUCAUAAUCACCCUAUUCGCUUCGUCUGCAUUGCGGGCGUCAUCGUGGCUCGGAACGAGAUUACUCGGCGCACGAUCUUGACAUUAGACGAUAGCAGCGGCGCAACGUUGGAAAUAGUCAUCUUACAUGCCGAUCCAACUGGAUUAGUGAAAAAUGCGUCUGUCCAGCCACCGAAGAGCGGACUUGAACCCGAUGAGGUAGCCCUCAAUACCUCGGAGGGGCUACCGGGUAUGCAAUCCAACCAGACUGUCCAUGUUUCGGCUACAGAUCGGACCGUUUUGGACAUUUCAAGCCUGGUCCCUGGUACCCCGGUGAAAUUGAAAGGCACAUUGUCAAUGUACCGACAGACGAUGCAAUUGCAGUUAGAACGGUUCGUUCUAGUUCCCGACACGAAUGCCGAAAUGCAGUUCGUGGAUGAGCGCGUGCGGUUCCUCGUCGAUGUGCUUUCUGUGCCGUGGAUUUUACUCGAGGAAGAGAUUGAGCAAUUGAGGUUAGAAGCUGAGCAGGGAGAUAUCAAGGCCUUGGAAGAGAGGAAACGUGCUGCGAGGAGGACUAAGAGGCGGAUGGAACGGGAGGAGAGAGACCAACGACAUAUUCAGAAGCGUUAUGAGAGGGAGGAGAAGAGAAGGGCGAAAGAGGCGUGCGUUUGUAAAGAGGAUGGAGCGAGACUCAUGCAUGAUAUUCGGCGGAAGAGAGAGUAUUCAGAAACCUAA